AGUUUACCUGCCAAGCUGAUAAAUGGAGGAAUAGCUGGACUGAUUGGUGUAACGUGUGUCUUUCCCAUUGACUUGGCUAAGACUCGUCUGCAAAACCAGCAAGAUGGCCAACGAAUGUACAAGAGCAUGUCAGACUGCCUUAUUAAAACAAUACGCUCAGAGGGAUACUUUGGCAUGUACAGAGGUGCUGCUGUAAAUUUAACCCUUGUUACGCCGGAGAAGGCAAUCAAAUUAGCAGCAAAUGACUUCUUUAGACACGCCUUAUCCAAAGAUGGGAAGAAGUUGACUCUGCUGAAGGAGAUGUUGGCUGGUUGCGGUGCUGGCACAUGCCAAGUAAUUGUUACCACCCCUAUGGAGAUGCUGAAGAUCCAGCUGCAAGAUGCAGGAAGAUUAGGUACUUUGUAUAACAUAUAUGCCCAGAGGAAGCUCAUGGCCAGCCAGACAGGAGCGAGCAGUGGCGCAGCAGAGGCCAGCUUUGCACGACCCACCGCCAUGGCCAUCUCCCGGGAACUACUGAGAAGUAAAGGGAUAGCUGGAUUGUACAAAGGCCUGGGAGCAACUCUUUUAAGGGAUGUACCCUUUUCAAUAAUAUAUUUCCCCCUCUUCGCCAACUUGAACAAACUCGGUCAGAAGACUCCAGAUGAAAAAUCUCCAUUCUUCGUGUCUUUCCUCGCUGGUUGUGCAGCCGGGAGCACUGCUGCUGUUGCUGUUAAUCCAUGUGAUGUGAUUAAAACAAGAUUACAGUCAUUGCAGCGAGGUGUCAAUGAAGAUACUUACUCAGGAAUCAUAGACUGUACCAGGAAAAUUUGGAGGAGUGAGGGUCCCGCUGCUUUCCUGAAAGGGGCGUACUGCAGAGCCCUGGUUAUUGCUCCACUUUUUGGCAUUGCACAAGUCAUCUAUUUUAUAGGCAUUGGUGAAUUUAUCCUUGGGUUCUUACCCUCAAAGCGCGAUUAA